UGAACCUGGCAAUGCUUAUGGUGCACCAUCUUUCGCUGUAUUAAUCCUUAGGAUAUUAUAAAAAAAUUCGUCGUAAGAUGUUUUAGCAACCAGCCAUUUAUUUUCGUAAAAUGUGGCCUUUUUAUGAAUGGUUUACAGUGCUCGCUAGCAUCGUACGCGCACCAUUUUGAUAUCACAACAUUGUGGGCUUCCCGUGCAACUAAACGUGUAAUCAGAGCAGGUGUGUGCGUUCACAUCGGCUGAUGGGGUGGACAGGAUCACUAUGUCUCACAGACUGACCAAGAAGGAGCUAGAUGAACAGUUUGAGCUGUUCUUGAAGGAGUCUAUUUCAGAUGACUCACUGGAUUUGGGCGCCUCUGACAAGCAGCCUGGUGGCAGCCCGAAAUCAGCCCAAAAGCCAACAGUGUCGUGGUGGCAAGAUGAUGAACCCAGCGGUGGAGGAGCAGGGAGAGGGCUUCUGGCAUCUGGGAAGACAUUCAAGAAGUCUUUGAGGAAGUCUCAGUCCAUUCGGGAGGAGGAUGAGGAUUCAGGAGACACUGGUUUCGAGAAAGACGGUCUGGACGCAGCUGUUCUCAGUAGAGACCGCAUUGAACAGGACUCAACAAUGGCACCAGCUGAGAACCUGACCAGUAUUGGCUUGGACACCAUAGAGGAAGAAGAGGAGAAAGCCAGGUUCUUUGCCCAACUCGAGGCUGGGGCUUUAUCAACCAUAGAUUACGCCAAGCUGAACAGAGAGCUGGACUCUACAAGUUCUACCAUCGGCACAAACCUCAGGAAAGCUGAGGAGGCAGUGCAGCAGAGUGAUGAUCAAAGGAUGGCCAGAGUCGCAGAGACUGUCCGAGAGUCUCCAACCUUUACAGAGUCUCCACAUUACAGUGAGGAUUUUGAAGAAGAAGAAAAUGGUAAAGAGCCACUGGAAGAGAAGUCCAAAAUGUCUCCAAUUCUUGCCAAAGUUUCUCUCCAUGAUUCUCUGGAUGACACCGGAGGGGAAGACAGAAGAAAGGACACAGCAGGGUCUCUGGACAAAGGCCAAUCAUAUGUGCAGAGUGGCGGCUCAGAGAUGGAGGCUCUCCAUGAGGCCUACAGACAGAUCCAUGUUGUGGAAGAGUCAGAUGACCGUAAUAACCGUUCUUCAUCUGUGGAAGGGAGGGGGAGGGUCAACAGAGCUGUGUCUCCAUCCUCUCCUCAACAUGCCAGACAGUCUCUUCAGCCUGCUUCUACCAAUGAGUCAGAGCUACCCACUGCUGAAGAGUUGAUGAAACCCAUCAGGCCAGAGACGGACCACAUCAGAGGCUUCAGCCUCCAGCCUGUCAGUGCUGCUGGACUUAACCAAGAAAAAUCAUCCCGCUUUAUGCAAUCGACUUUCCCAGAUGUGACUCCUCCAGAGUCUCCACUGCAGCAACCAGAAAAGGCUGAACCCACUGCAGGGACAAAGAAAGCCAGGGGAUUGUCCAAUCACCCGUCCAGCUCCUCAGACGCCCUCAACCUGACAUGGAGCAUCAGACAGGAAGUAGAGAGGCUGAUGCAGGAUCAAAACAAACAUUCUUCUUACACAUCCUCUCAGGCUGGCAAAGUAAAGAAACAUCAGGCCUCCCGUGGCUCCACGAUUUCUCAUUCCUCAACAUCUUCAGUGAGGAAACCCACUGCAGCUCCUGUGAGAGGCAGGAGAACAAUGGGGGGGGCAGCAGGGACCUCCAGGUCGUCAGGGCUCAGCAGAGCUGCUGCUCCGGCCAAAACCCAGCCUUCUGUCCCCCGUCCACUGCAGCAGCCACGAGAAAGAGCCAAGUUCACGGAGAGCCAAGAAAAAGACGACUACACAGCAGAGGCAGGUCUGAGGGUGAGCAGUGAGCUGGUGGCAUCUGUUCAGUCUUUAGUGGCUGUCCUCCAACAGCAGAUCGGCACCAACAGUCACCAGGAGGCUACAGACGCACAGGAAGUCAGAGCAUCUCAAGAAACCAGACUGACACAUCAUCUUCCAAAUAACAAGAGGGAGGAGGACAGCGCUGUGGUUGAGGAGCUGAGAGUCCAGCUUGCUCAGAGAGAGCGGGAGCUGCAGAGGAUGAAGGAAGGCGCUGAGGAACUCAACUCACUCCGACAGCAGAACUACCUGCUGCAAAGCAAGCUGCGAAGUGCAGAGGAAGCCAGUCAGAAGACGAGACGAGUCGAGGCCUCUGACUCUGCUACAGAGGAAAAGCUCCAGCAGAUGGACAAAGACAUAAAAGAGCAGGAGAUGCUCAUAAAGGGUUACCAGCAGGAGAAUGAGAAGCUGUAUUUGCAGAUGAAGGCUCAGCAGGCAAAGAGUAAAGCCAACGAGGAGGCCAUGUUUAAUGAAAACCAGAGGCUGCUGAACGAGCUGACUUUCACAAGGGAGCAGCUGAAUAAAACUUCAAGGCCUGUGGGAAAUGUCUGCUUAAUGGAUCACACUCAACGCAUUACAGACUUGUUAGCGCAGAUAAAUAUAUUUCAGAGGAACGAGGCCCAGCUGACUGAGGACGUUCACAGACUGAAGCAGGAGAAGCAGGCUCUGGACGUGGACCUGCAGCUGAUGAGAAAAGAGAGGGACCUAGCUAAAGCUCAGGCCCUGUCUGCCUCAGGUGAUAAGACAUUUGAGCAGCGUGUAUUGGAGGACAGGCACAGAGAGGAAGUGGCUGCCCUGAAGAAGAAGCUGCAGUGGUUCGCUGAGAACCAGGAGCUGCUGGACAGAGACGCUGGCAGACUGAAGGCUGCUACAGCUGAGAUACAGCAACUCAAAGAGCAGGUCGAAAAACUGAAAAGCGAUGUGGGCAGAAGAAGCAGUGAGCAGCAGAGAAAGGCCAGAGAGAAAACAGCCGACUACAAGAGGAUGCAGGACCUGGAGCGACAGGUCAAGGAGCUGGAGCAGAUACUCAGACGUAAAAACCCAAACUCCCUGCCUGCUCUGAUCUACGCUGCAGCCACAGCUGGCAGCCCAGAGGAUGCGUCUGCCAAGACGUCCCCGCCCAGCAGGAUCAACACACUGCUGGAGCGCAGGAUUCAGCGUCUGGAGGCCGAGCUGGAGGGUCACGAUGAGGAGGCCAAACGCAGCCUGCGGGCCAUGGAGCAACAGUUCCAUAGGAUCAAGCUCCGCUAUGAGCAGCAGAUCUCAGAGCUGGAGCAGCAGCUGGAGACAGCAAACUCUGCAGCAGGGACAGAGCCAUGGAUGCCACAGGUUCGAUCUCUGGAGGAGGAGCUUCAGCGUGUGAAGGAAACCCAUCAGGAGAAAGAAAAGUCUCUCCAGGACCAGAUUGAGUCUCUGCAGCAGCAGCUCAAACACAAGGCUCAGCCGAGUCCAGGCCGGCACCAGCGUCAAGCCGAGGCAGCGUUUGGUGCCCGGUUAGAGCGGUUGAACCAAGACCUCAACUCCAAGACACGGACCAUCCAGGAGCUGUCCCGCACUGUGGAGAGACUGCAGAAGGAGAGGAGGAACAUGUUGUCUGUCCCCAACCCACGACCAGAAACCCCCACUACUGAGAACAAACGACAGCCAGGCCCCACAAAGACACUCUGCUCUGCUCCUGCAAUAGAGACAUGUGCAGGAGAGGAAACUUUCCCAGCUGCUCACUAUGAGAAGACUUACCAGCCCACUGUCUUUACAGGCAGUCAUAUCUCCGAGGUUGUGCAGGAGAACGAGGCUCUGAAGGAGCGCCUGGAGCUGCUGGAGCUGCACAGUGAGCAGGAGCGACAUGCAUUAAGAGCUGAUGCUCAACAAGCCAGGGAGGAGCUGUGCAGGCUGAAGGAGCACUCUGCAGAGCAGCUGUCCUCCAUGAAAGCAGAGAACCUCAGGGUGUUAGACCAGCUGCGGGCCACCCAUGCCCUGGAACACUCAUCCUCAAAGGUUGCUGAACUGUCCAAUAAGCUCAACACUCAGGAGAUCAUGGUGAAACAUUUGCAAGACCAGCUCAAAGAGCUGCAGGGUACUAAAGCGGCACUGCAAAUAUCCAGGACCAGAGAGGACGCUCUGCAGACGCAGCUGACGCGACUGCUGAAGGAGCUGAAGGAAGCUAAAGACACACAGAGCCCAGAGGUGAAACUCCUGUGUGGCCUGGAGAAGAAGAUCUUCAGCAUGGAGCUCAGACACCAACACAGAGAGAAAGAGCUGCAGCAGGUGAUUUGUGGAUCGCAGCAGGCCCUGAAGGUUGAUCAGCAGUCAGAGGCAGAAAUGUGGAAACGUCUGGCUCAGGACAAGAGCAGAGAGUUGGAGGCUUUCCGUCUGGAGCUGGACUCCAUCCUAGACAUCCUGAGACAUCUGCAAAGACAGGGAGUGGUCCUCCCUGCUCCUGACCCCUCAAUCUCAGCUCCUCUCACCCAGAGGACUUAAAGCACUCACAGGGUUUGACUGAUGACUGUAAUUGAAGGUAAUGCAGAUAAUUGUGUGUUUAUGCCAAAGAAAGACAACAGCAGCAACAAUCAGAGUGUCAGCAUCAGAAUGAGUUCAUCAGUGUCUCACAUAUCAGAAGGCGGGUUUCCAUUACAGAUUUACACAGAACUUAAGCAGUAUUUUUGAAAUGUCGAUAAAACACAAUUGUGAGAUGACUGUGUUUCCACUGAGUGAUGUCAUGUGACUUUUCCUCUGUGUAUUUUCUGAAUUAACUAAUUGAAUUGUGUUUCCAUUAGACUUAUUUAUCUAUUUAUCUAUCUGCAAUUUCAGUUUGCCCAAUUUAAGUCAAUGGAAACCCACCUUGAGAUUAUGCUUCCUGUUCUACAUCAGCAGCUGCUGCUGCAAUAUCAGUAAUACACAUACAAACAGAAAUGACCAUUCGCAGAGACAUAAACAUUUAAAGACAAAACACACAGAAUGUCUUUCUACACACACUCUACCUGUUUCAUAUAGUGUCUAUAUAUUUUGUAGCUAGUUUCUAUUUUUUAAUUUAAAUUGUUCUAACUUAUAGUAGUGAAAAUAAAAACAUA